GAGACUCCAACGUCACUUUUGUGUACCGCCUUUCUUCUCACAGAGCUACGGCCGGCAAGUGAUUCACGAAUCCCUCCCUUUCUUUCCGUCGCCGAUUGCACCGAAUGUUGAUCUGCGUCUUCUAUACUUGCUGAAGCCAUUCAUAAGUGAGGUCUGUCGGAAACCAUUGAAGGUUCACUCUUAAUUUGAAGUGGGCUGCAAAGAUGUGGAUGUUUCCAGCCACGAACCUUGCCUGGGUUUGUUGUUAGCUGAGAUGUGAUUCAUCUUGGACGAUCAAUACCUCUUUUCUUCAUCAUUGGAGGCUCCCUCUUGCCUUGCUUCCAUGGGAGGCCAAAAGAUUCAAAAUCCCACCAAAAACUUCAUGUCUGAGUCCCUCUGGUUCUAUGGCCUAGCUUCAUGCCUCAAACUCCUCCUGAUUCCAGCAUACCGGAGUACAGACUUCGAGGUCCAUCGCCACUGGCUUGCUACAACUCACUCUCUUCCUCUUUCCCGCUGGUACCUUGAUGAGACUAGUCCGUGGACUCUUGAUUACCCCCCUUUCUUUGCCUACUUUGAAUACAUUCUCUCCCUAUUUGCACACCUCCUCGACCAUCAAAUAGUAGAUCUCCACGAAGGCCUCAACUAUGCUUCAAAUACAGCAAUUUAUUUCCAAAGAAUCAGUGUAAUUUUUUGCGAUCUGGUUCUUCUGCUUGGAGCUUAUCGUUUGAUAAGAAAUUUGGAACCUACUAAGCGACACUUGAUCUGGGUUUUGGUCAUCUGGUCGCCAGGGUUAAUGAUUGUGGACCACAUACAUUUCCAGUAUAAUGGUUUUCUUUUGGGGAUCUUGCUCUUGUCUGUGUCAUAUUUGAAGGAAGGGAAAGACUUGAUGGGUGGUUUUCUGUUUGCGGUUCUAUUGUGUUUUAAGCAUUUGUUUGCCGUAGCUGCACCAGUUUAUUUUGUGUACUUGUUGAGGCAUUAUUGUUGGGGUCGUAGGUUGGUGAGGAACUUUGGGCGGCUUUCAGUUAUGGGGGCAGUGGUUUUGGUAGUUUUCGCUGCUGCUUAUGGUCCAUUUGUUUAUUAUGGACAGAUGCAACAAGUCAUUCGCCGCAUGUUUCCUUUUGGUAGAGGACUUUGCCAUGCGUACUGGGCUCCAAAUUUUUGGGUUUUCUAUAUUGUUUUGGAUAAAGGUCUUGCAUUAUUGCUCAGGAAGUUAGGGUUUUAUAUCCAGGCGCCUGCAGCUUCAUUCACUGGUGGGCUAGUAGGGGAUUUGUCUCCUUUUGUGGUACUCCCUAAGGUCACCCCGUUGACAACACUCACUAUAGUCCUGCUGGCCAUUUCUCCCUGUCUUUUCAAGCUAUGGAGAGAUCCUCGUCCAGGAAUGAUUCCUAGAUGUGUAUCAUAUGCUUACACAUGUGGCUUUUUAUUUGGGUGGCAUGUUCAUGAAAAGGGAUCUCUCCACUUUGUGAUUCCACUUGCCAUCGUUGCUGGUGAUAGUUUGAAGGAUGCAAGACAUUAUUUCAUGCUAUCAGUUGUGUCAUGUUACUCCCUUUUCCCAUUGCUGUUUGAACCUCAAGAAUAUCCAGUGAAGGUGCUUUUGCUGCUAUUACAUGCCAUUCUAAUGUGGUUAUGCUUUUCUGCACAAUUCAGUGGGAAAGCUGAUGGUAAACUUGAAGUGCCAGCAAAAGAACAUGUUGAUGAAUUGGAAUUUAAGGGAAGUUCUGAUGCUCACAGUGAUGAAAGAGGGUUUGGUAUUGGAUGGAUUGGAAAAAGUUAUUUGCUUGGCAUUUUGGUGGUUGAGUUAUGGGGUCAGUUUUUGCAACCUUACCUUCUUGGUGAUAAGCUUCCCUUCCUACCUCUCGUCAUGACUUCCAUAUAUUGUGCAUUGGGGAUGAUGUACUCUUGGAUUUGGCAGCUAACCAGGAUCUUGAAUAGCCCCUGAUUUUGGUCAUGAUUGCAGGUCUGAAGAUUAAUCGUCAAGAUCAAGGCCAGAUCCUUCCAGUUUCUUGCACUUAACUUGAUCAAGGGACUCACUCAUCUCGGCAGUGAAGUGGUUUUUCCAGUCCCCAACCACACCAAGCCUGAAAAAGGUGCUAUUGGGCAUCUUUCGAACAGUAUCGGUAACACCAGUCUUAUUCACCUCCAAGUUCUUAAGCCUCUCUAUGCUGCACCUCCAUAUUACGCUAUCAAUGUCUUCUUCCU